AUGGACUCGUAUUCCUAUUCAUCAUCGUCUUCUUCUUAUUCUUUGUCUUCAAAUAAUAUUUAUUCACACCAAGAAGAAGAAAAGAGAGGCAAAUAUAACUCGAGUUUUCGUUCUGCACUCCAUUCUGUUCGUAAACUCCCAAUGAAGCCGAUGAAGAAACCGAUAGCACCUUUUCCACCAAUCCCACCAAAAGUCUACAAGGUGGAUCCUGAUAAUUUUAAAGAGGUUGUCCAAAAGCUUACUAGUGCAACUGAAUUCCAUACAACGCGGCUGCAGGAGGUGGCGCCGCCACCUCUCAACCUUUCUCCACCGUGGCAACAGCCACUAGUUCAUCCUGAUCAAGUUAAAACACCACCAGCUUCCAAAUUCAGUGAUUUUAUGACUGAAACACACAAGGAAAAGGCCAUAAAGCCAUCAGAUCACAUUUUUGGAGCCCUCAGUCCUCUUGGGUUCAAUAUGUCACCAUCAUCUCUUGCAUGGUGUUCAUCUGUUCUUUUCAGUCCUGGAACUCUGUCUCCUCUUGGGUCAAGUGCAGUUCUUUAG